UUAAAAGAACAUAUCCCUCACAACAUCUGACCACGUAGCAGCUGAACCUAGCUUGCCCACCCAUUCAGGCACAACAAGCUUUCGGCAGGGUAGAGCAACUGCCCUGUCGGCCUCCCUUUGUGAGAUUGCUCUCUCGAAUGCUCCUCACCACCCAUGUGCUGAUCAAGAGACCAAAACCUCCCUCUCUAAACUUUAUAAGCUACUUCCAUAAGCACAUUAAGAUGGGCUGGCGAGACGAGUGGCCUUCUGGGUUAGAUGGCAACCAGUAUGACGGCCAGAAAUUGAUGGAUCUGGUUCGCAACAACAAGAGCCCCUUUCAUGAGGUCUGGGAUGUGAAGCUACUUAUCCGAGAGAUCGAAGAGAAUCUCAAUACCCAGGUGACAGACAUACCAAUCGUUGACAAAGGCUCCAACAACUAUGUGAGUUCAUACUUCUAUAUCUGUAGUGAAAUAACUCAAAGCGCCAUCUAAUCCAUGCUUAGGGUUUCUACAUCAAAGCCUCGAACAGGCCGGACAUGGUGGCUCGCCUAGCACGUGGCGAUGUCAAUAUGCCUGACUUUGACGGCUUUCCAAUCGAGAAGCAAGCUCCGGAAGCUCUGUUUGAGGCGGCUACCUACGAACUGUUGCGUUCUGAAUCUGAUAUUCGAACUUCUCGCUUACUUUACUACCGUGUGCCGGUACGGCAUCCAGGUCCAAGGCUUACUAUACCUCUAGACCUUACCGGUCGUCGCUUGUUUGUGUUUGAAAGAGCGGAAGGGACGAACAAUAUGUGGGAAGAUCUUAGUGCAGAGAACAAGGUAUGAAUAUGAAAUUUACUAUUCGCUUUCCGAGAGUCGAUCAUGGCAUACUAAUUAGCACCAGCUAGUUCUCCUUGAUCAGCUAGCUUGUAUGCGUGCAGCUUUGUUUCGCUACGAUCCCCCCCUUGACUUCUGUGUUAAAUAUCUCCAUGACCGCAUAUUCGACUUCAAGCCAGAAUCGUUCUCUGUGCCUGUUGCUCCUACACGGGAAUUCUGGAUGCAUGUGUUAGAAUCCAAAAUCAAAGCGACUAUUCAAAAUGAAGGUGAUAUGAUCGGGUGGGAGGAUGAUGCGGAGACGGUUGGCCCUAUUGCUUUGACAGCUAAGCAAUCUCUUUUACGUGCAAUCCCACACAUAAUGCCACCAGAGAGUACUGAGGUGUCUCUAUAUCGUCUCAUUCUUGAGCAUGGUGACUUUGGCAUCCAUAAUACAUCAAUAACUAAAGACGAUAAUGGCAAACCUCUCGUUACAUCUUUAUACGAUUGGGAGACUGCAUGUAUCGUCCCGGCGCUUCUAUCCGAUCCUUUGGUAGCAGCUGGUCCGGUCGAUUUGAUAACAGAUAAGAAUGGGGGACCUUCUGUCACUCGGAUACCCAAAAACUCGAGUUUAAUGGACCUUGAAAUGUACGAAAUGUGGGCACAGCAUUAUAUCAAGGUACGUUGUCUAUUAAUAACACAGUAUGAUGAAAUUAAUAACAGAUGCAAUUGUUACAGAAGCUUUACAAUGAGGCGCCUGAUUACGAAAUUGCAAUCAGAGCCGGAAAGGACGUACGCUACCUGUGGUUUUCGUUACGAGACUGGCGUGGGGGUAAUUCGGAAGAAUUUUUUGGUGACCUCGGAGCAUGGGCAGAGAAACGAAUGAAGGAACUUGGCGUUUUUUGAACUGUGUACGGAGGUGAAAAGACUGGACCGCUUGCUUGUUCGCUGCCAAGCCUUGGCACCGUAGCUGUUUAAAUACAGUCUACAAUAAUAGAAAUCGUAUACAGAGCUUCAUUACUUCAUUUUAGAUUCAGAAAUACAAAAAAUUCUUUAAGUCU